AUGGAGGUGGAAAUGGCAUUGGGCGUGGGUUUUAUCCUAAAGGUAAGGGCAGGGGUGGCCAGGGUCACUCCAGGGGGUAUGGCAGAGGGCAGCCAGGCUAUGAUCACUCCUUCUACAAGCAGUCGCAGAGGUGAAGAACUAGGGGUAGUGUUCGGGCACAAGGGAGCAACUCGAAACAGGGAGGCUGGAGUGAAACACCAGCUGAAAAGCGGGACUGGGAGACCCCAAAGUCGCCAAACAAAUGAGCCAGGUCUGCAACUGGCAGUAGGUGAUGCGAAGCUGAAGGGGAAGGAGGUAUUCUGA